GAGCGGCGGGGCCGCGGGCGCGCAGCGAGCUCCGGCUCCGCGGUGAGUGGCAACUUCGGGGGCAGCGGGCCGCGCUGCCGGCGGCUGAUUUUUUUUUUUUAAAUACGGAUUUUUUUUAAUUCCCCCCCCCCCCCCCCCUUGGUGUGCGCGCCUUGCAGUGCCCGCGCUGCGCGGGCGCGGUGUCUCCGCGGGCGCGGCCGGCCCGGCGCGGCCGGGUUCGGCUGUUGCACAGGGCUCGGAGGAUCUAAGUAGCUCCGGACUUUUUCCUCCCCCUUCCUCCCCCCGGCUCCGGCUCCGACCUCUCUCCUCCCAGCCCGUCGCCAUUUCUGGAGCAGAGAGGAGGCUCAGAGGAUCCCCUGCUGACUCCAGGCAGAGGAAGGCAGAGGCACAGGCAGCUCCUGGAGGAACUGGGAGCCCCUCUCCCCAUCGGGCUCCGGAGCCAUGAGCAGCGCUGUGGUCCUCGCCCACCUCCCAGACCCCAGCAGCAGCUUCAGGGAAGACGCCCCCCGACCCCCUGUCCCGGGGGAGGAAGGAGAAGCACCAUGCCCGCAACUCGCCAGCUCGUUUCUCCCCAAAAGCCAAAGCUUCAAGGCCAUGCCGGUGCCUCCUGCCCCACGGAGGAAUGAGAACGGACUCGGGGAGCCGGAAGGCAGCGCAUCUCCAGACUCCCCUCUGGCCAGAUGGACCAAAUCCUUGCAUUCCUUGUUGGGAGAUCAAGAUGGUGCCUAUCUUUUUCGGACCUUCCUGGAAAGGGAAAAAUGUGUGGAUACCUUAGACUUCUGGUUUGCCUGCAAUGGCUUCAGGCAGAUGGACCUUAAGGAUACCAAAACUUUAAGAGUAGCCAAAGCUAUAUACAAAAGGUACAUCGAGAACAACAGCAUCGUCUCCAAGCAGCUCAAGCCUGCUACCAAGACCUACAUAAGGGAUAGUAUCAAGAAGCAGCAGAUAGAUUCUAUCAUGUUUGAUCAGGCACAGACUGAGAUUCAGACUGUGAUGGAGGAAAAUGCUUACCAGAUGUUUUUAACUUCUGAUAUAUACCUCGAAUAUGUAAGGAGUGGAGGAGAGAAUCCUGCUUACAUGAACAGCAAUGGACUGGGGAGCUUAAAAGUUGUCUGUGGCUAUCUCCCGACCUUGAAUGAAGAAGAGGAAUGGAGCUGUGCAGACUUUAAAAACAAAAUCUUGCCUUCGGUAGUUGGACUAUCCAGCAAGACGUUGAGGGUUACGGCGAAUGUCAGAGCUACGGAAACGAUCGAGAACGGAUACAGGUCUUUCAAGAGGAACGAUCCCGUUAACCCAUACCAUGUGAAUUCCGGCUAUGUUUUUGCCCCAGCAACCAGCGCGAACGAUAGCGAAAUAUCUAGUGAUGCCCUGACGGACGACUCCAUGUCAAUGACGGACAGCAGCGUAGAUGGGAUCCCCCCGUACAGAAUUGGGAGCAAGAAGCAGCUCCAGCGGGAGAUGCAUCGGAGUGUCAAGGCCAACGGUCAAGUUUCUCUACCUCAUUUUCCGAGGACCCACCGUCUUCCCAAGGAGAUGACCCCAGUGGAGCCGGCUGCCUUCGCCGCGGAGCUCAUUUCCCGGCUGGAGAAGCUGAAGCAGGAGCAGGAAACCAUGGACAGUCUGGAGGAGAGGCUGCAGCAAAUCAAGGAGGACGAGGAGAAGGAGGGCUCGGAGCUCCCCGCAAGCCUGCAGAGCAGUCGGGAGAUUGCAAACCCCCAGCAUCCACAGCACCCGCUCUCGCUCCUGCCCUCCGGCAGCUACGAGGAGGACCCCCAGGCCAUCCUGGACGAGCAUCUCUCCCGCGUGCUGAAGACCCCCGGCUGCCAGUCGCCCGGCAUGGGCCGGCACAGCCCCCGCGCCCGCUCCCCCGACCGCCUGCCGACAGGCAAGCUGCAACCCGGCGUGGCCUCGCCGGCAGCGUGCGCCCUGCCGGGUAAGGGGUUCAUCACCAAGCAGACCACCAAGCAUGUCCACCAUCACUACAUCCACCACCACACCGUGCCCAAGACGAAGGAGCAGAUCGAAGCGGAGGCGGCUCAGCGGGUGCAGUGCUGCUGCCCAGCGGGCAGCGACUACUACUGCUACCCCAAGUGCAAGGGCCACCCGAAAAACACAGACCCUCCUCUUCCUCCGCUGGAGCCCUUCGGCAGGACGGGGACGCUGCCGAAGAGGCCGGGCAGAGGAGCGGAGAGCGUCGCCCUGCCAGCCGCGGACGGGGGGCUGCCCGGCCCCGGCGGGGUGCAGCUACCGGGGGGCGAGGCAGACCGGGCACAGAACGUCUGGCAGUGGAUGCUGGAGAGCGAGAGACAAAAUAAGCACAAGCCCCAUAGCACACAAAGCACAAAGAAGGCCUACAGCUCCGACUUCGCCAAGGGGGCCCCCGGCCGCCAUCACCCGUGGGGGACUGGCAGCCACCCGCGCGGGGCGCAGCCUGCCCACCCCUUCGUCCAGGACCCCGCCAUGCCCCCGCUCACCCCACCCAACACCCUGGCGCAGCUGGAGGAAGCGUGCCGCCGGCUCGCCGAGGUCUCCAAACCGCAGAAACAACGAUGUUCAACCUCAAAUCAGCAGAGGGAUCGAAACCACUCCGCUGCCGUUCAGGGGGGAAACACCCCUUUCUGCAAUGCAAGUCUAACGACAGAAGAUCACAAAGAGCCAAAGAAACUGCCAGUUGUUCACACCUCUCAGUCGAGCGAGUUGGUUGUCACCUAUUUUUUAUGCGGAGAAGAAAUUCCCUACAGGAGGAUGUUAAAGGCCCAGAGCCUGACACUUGGGCACUUUAAAGAACAGCUGAGCAAAAAGGGAAAUUACAGAUACUACUUCAAAAAAGCAAGCGACGAGUUUGACUGUGGUGCGGUGUUUGAAGAGAUUUGGGAAGAUGAAACCAUCCUGCCGAUGUACGAAGGAAGGAUUCUUGGGAAAGUAGAAAGGAUCGAUUGAUGGCAUCUGUGUUUCUUAAGAAAAGUUAAGCUAGAAAAGUCUUUGGACACACAACAGUAGUGAUGACAAGGAAAGGAAAAAAAAAAAAAAAACUCUGAAGGAAAGUUUUGAACCAAUGAAGAAAAAAAAAGUGAAGUCUAUGAAGACUUUGCUGAAUUAGCCUUAGAGGAAAAAAAAAAAAUGGCAUUUAUUAUUCAUGAGUUGGGUACUGAGAUGAUAAAAACCCUGAACUAUUUAUUAAAAACAUGACCACUGUUGGCUAUUGGAGAUGCAGACCGUGUUUGAGAGACUUCCAUACAUAAUAUAUGAUUUCCUGGGGAUCUGAAAUCUAUGGACUAAGAGAAACUGUGUAUAGCUUACCUUAACAGUAAUCCUUAUUGAUAUUUAUUGAACAGUCUGUUUUCCCCUAAGUCCAGUUUUUGGAUAUGCUGCUUUAACAAUGGAGAAGAGAGGGGCUGGGAAGUGGGGUGAUGGGAGGAAGGAUUAUUUUAUUUUUUUACAUUGUUCCCACUAUCUAAAAUUUAGGAGUUUGGCUAUGAGCACAUUCGUGAUUUUUUGGGGUGGUUUUUUUUUUUUUUUUUGAAGGGGGAGGAGGGAAGGAGUGACCUUGUGCCCAGUAUUUCUCCGAGUGAAGAUAAAACUUUUCUAAAGAAAUAAUAAUAAUAAUAAAAGCCGAAAUAAAAAUACUGUCCUACCAUUCAUCUAGAGACCGGUGCAUUUUAAUCUAUGCUGCUCUAAUUUGAAAUAAAGGUCUUAAGCGUUAAAUAUGUUAGCUGCAAUAUAACAACAGCCACUUGUUAGUUCGUCCAUGGAUUUCUGCGGUGUGAGGGUUUUGCUUUGCCGCUGCCAGUGGCGAGGACACCGCGCGCUGUCCAGUGCCUCUCGCUCGAGGCAAGGCAGGGCAAAACCCUGAGCCUGGGAGAGCUGUAGAAGAAGCCAUCCAGUUCCCAUUUCCAUACUUAGUGCACCAAAAGGACACGUUGCAAAAGCCAGGGUAAAAAAAAAAAAAAAAAAACAAAACCAACAACAAACCUGUAUGUGUUUCACAUAGCUAGCUAAUUAUUUCGUUUAGCCAUUCUACUUCAAUGUUAGCACAACUUAGAUUUCAACGACAUGGGAGUACCAUGGGGCGUAUUUUCAGAUCGUGUGGAGCGCGUGAUUCGUUGCGUGGUGGUUUUUGGUUUUUUUUUUUUUGGUUGGGUUUGUGGUUUGUUUGGGGUUUUUUUUGGGGGGGGGGAGCCUUACCUUCACAACACCCACGGGAGCCCGUGGGAGAUGUGGGCGAAGGCUCUCUGCAACCCUUGGCAGAGCUUUGUGUGUGCGUGGGUGUUGGGCCAGAGCCACCCUUUCCCGAGAAAGACCUUGCAUUUCUACAGUUGGGUUUUGUGUUGAUUAAGUUAAUCUGUGCAUUCUGUUUGCCAUUGCUACUUUGUGUAAGUCUGUAUAUAUUGUAGAAAAUGUAUGGUGAUAAUAUUAAUACACUAUCUCUAGUGUUUUUAAAAAUUAAUCAGUACAGUACCUGUGCCUGCAUGGUGUUACGAGACCAUGCGUCGCCCUAUAUUCAGGGUUCAAGCUUUCCCUUGUUUGUUUAAGGGGUUUAUAUAUAAAUAUAUUUUAUGCCUUUUAUUACAAGUCCUGUACUCAUGACUUUUGCCAUGGCAUUUUUGUUCUACUUAUACUGUAAAUUAUGCAUUAUAAAGAGUUUCAUUUAAAAAAAAAUUACUUGGUACAAUAAUUAUUGUAAUUAAGAGAUGUAGC